GUCGCUCUUUCUGGGUACAAGUCCGGCACAGCUUCCUGUCGGUUUGCCGCCAACCUCGAAUGUGGCGCCACAGGUCCCUCUGAUGCAAAAUCACCUUCUUGGGAACUUCGCCGCUUCGAUGAAUCCUGCCAUGCUUUUUGCAAUGCAGCAGCAACUAGCAAACCCGUCUUUCUCUGUCUCCAAUGAUGCCGCGCACAGUAGUCCUAGUGAUUUGGCUGCACUUGGGCCCAAGCCAGUUGGUGACUGUCCGAAUGAUGAGGACCUCAUCGUCAAUGCACUCUUUGUUGGCCGUCAAAAUGGCUUGAAUCACGCUCAGGCUUUGACUGAACUGCAUACAACAAAUGGCCAUACAGCGUACCAGUGGAUGGAAUAUUACCUCGACCACCGGAGCGCUAUCAUUGCUAAAGUAGAGAAACUCAGCGAGUCCCCUCCGCCGAAGACGUCAGCACCACCACCUGUGAAAACCGCCAAGAAACCCGUUUUCGCUGAUCCAUCACCCACGUCCUUACCUUUUGGCCCUACACUUGCUCGCCGUUCAGGACCAUUAAAGCGCAAGAGGAAGGAAUCCGUAUCAUCCGAUUCUUCCCGUUCAUCCUCUCCAGCAGAAUCAACAUCGACCUACAACCCAUCGAUCUCCGGGUCAGACAGGUCUCGAACCAAAACAAAGAUUCGUAACCGGGCCUCAUCGUCAUCUCUUGCUCCAUCAACAGCUGGAGGUCCUCUCAGGAAGAAACACAAGGCGAAACGUACACCUGUCCGCGGCCGUAUUCCCAACGCUCCAACCGAGGAGCCUACACCCCCUGAAGUCGAACGCGCCGCCAAGAAUCGAUUUACGCAGGAAGACGUCGACUUCAUGAUCCGCUUCUUUGCGUAUCAUCUCAACGAAGAUUCGACCUUGACCCGACCGCUCGUGUGCGAGAGAUUAGCCGAAAAGUCUCCAAACCACGGCAAGGCUUCCUGGAUCAAUUACUCUUCUGAGUUCCCCAUCCUCGACAAGAUGCUCAAACGGGCAGCUGGCCACAACAUCCCCGAUAGCGAAUUUGACAUUGAGCUCUACACCGGCGACGCAAAUGAUGAGCAAUCCGAUGGUGAAGAGUCCAGCUACUUAAGCAGCGACUUCGAGCACCGGAUCCCAUGGCGAAUGGGCAACGAAGGGCCCGGACUGGAUUCGACGGAUGAGGAGAAGGAGGAAUCGGCGAACGCAGCGCCGGCUGGCAGAGGCAAGGGGAAAAUGUUCACGUUGACCGAGUUUAGGCGGAUGGCGAAGUUUAUGGCAACAUAUAGCUCGGCAGAGUGGAACUCGAUGCAUAGGACGGAUCGGUGGGUGCCAUUGCUUGGCAAGAUGCCCGGGCGCACCGCCUCGUCUCUCAUGAGCAAAUACGGUAGUGAGGACAAACGUCUUCUACAACUCGCCAAGAAGUAUCGCCGACGACUACGUCAACGCGCGCGCGAAGCUGCUGGCCAGGCUUGAAUUCGUCCAUAAGCCUCGACGAUGCACCAGUCUAAUGAAGAAUGGCGUUGAGAAUUGGCAGAAUCCCUUUUCUUUAUCUCUACUACUAAUUAAUUUAACUGUAGUUAGUUGAGCUGGGGCGCAUCACGGAGUUCGCGACAGAUUCUUCAGUCCAGGUAGCUCUCUCAUUCAUUCGGUGAAAUAUGCA